UUCAUUUGCAUAUAUAACAAACCAAAAUCAACAUGGCAUCAUCUCAGGUGGCUAACAUCUUUGAGAGCACUCAUUCAAUUCUUGGUGUUAUGGAUGAAGUGAUUAAUAAACCCAAAAUGGGAAUACCAGAAAUGUUUCUUCGCCCAGAUAAAGAACCCUCAAUUCCAAGAAAUGAAACCAAUCCAUUGCAAACAAUUCCCAUUUUUGACUUUCAAACCUUGAUAUGUGGUGGCAACACUGAACUUGACAAGCUAUUCUCAGCAUGCAAAGAUUGGGGUUUCUUCCAGGUGGUGAAUCACGGUAUUAGUUCUGAAUUGCUUGAGAAGCUGAAAUUUGAGAUUCCAAAUUUUUUCAAGCUUCCUAUUGAAGAGAAAACAAAAUACAAAAUAAGAGAAGGAGAUUUUCAAGGUUAUGGAUCUGUCAUUAGAUGUGAAGGUCAAAAACUUGAUUGGGGUGACAGAUUCUUCAUGAUCACAAAUCCUAUUGCAAGAAGAAAGCCACAUCUUUUUCCUCAACUCCCAUCAUCACUAAGGGAUACCUUGGAGUCAUAUAUCUUAGAAUUGAAGAAACUUGGCAUGACACUUUUUGAAUUAUUGGGAAAAGCCAUAAAAAUGGAUAUGAAGGAAGUAGAAAAUAUGUUUGAUGAUGGCAAUCAAUCAAUAAGGAUGACAUACUAUCCACCAUGUCCGCAACCGGAGCUUGUCGAUGGCAUCAACCCUCACUCCGACGGCUCCGGCAUAACCAUCCUUAAUCAGCUUAAUGGAGUUGAAGGAUUAGAGAUUAAAAAAGAUGGAGUUUGGAUUCCUGUGACCUUUCUUCCAGAUGCUUUUGUAGUUAAUAUUGGAGACAUUAUGGAGAUUCUAAGCAACGGGGUGUACUCUAGCAUAGAGCAUAGGGUUUCAGUAAACAAAGAAAAGGAGAGAGUUUCUAUUGCUAUGUUCUUCAACACCAAAUUUGAAGCAGAGAUUGGACCAGCAAAGAGUUUGAUAAGUUCUGAAAAUCCACCUUUGUUCAAAAGCAUGUUGAUGGAAGAAUACUCCAAAUACUUUUUUUCACGAAAUCUAAAUGGGAAGACAAACUUGGAGAGAAUGAGGAUUUAAAGUUUUUGAUAAAAACGUGCCAAAAAAAGUUUUAAUGUAUUAAGACUAAAAGAUAUUUUUGUGUCAGGAAUUGUUCAAUAGUUUAUCAAUCAGAAAUUCUCUAAAGGACCUUUCAAGUUAUAUAUAUCAAGUACCAUUAGAUGCUUAGUGUUGUGAACAAAUAACUUGUAUAACUAAUAUAAUUUGAUCUUGUAUAUCAA